AUGUCUGAGUUUGAAAAGUUGCGCAAAAGUUUGCUGAAAAAGGCUGAGCUCUACGAGGAUCUGGACUUUCCGUGCACUCAGUCGUCGGUCUUCUAUCACGAGACGCCUCCCUUUCAGUUCGUGUGGAAGCGGCCCAAAGAGAUCUGUUCCGCACCGGUAUUUCUGGCCGACUCGCAGAACAACUACUUUAACCUAAGCGCCGGCAAACUCGGGGACCAAUGGUUCGCGUCAGUGAUCGGGUGUCUGAGGACUACGAAAGGCCUCUUCUAUCGCGUGGUUCCCGCGGAUCAGAGUUUCGACGCCGAAGAGUACUGCGGAAUGUUUCGGUUCAGGAUAUGGUGGAAUGGCGAGUGGAAAGAGGUUCUGGUGGACGACCGGUUGCCCACAGUUAACAAUAAGUUGAUUUUCAUUCAAUCACUUCAUGGCAACCAAUUCUGGACAUCGCUUCUGGAGAAGGCUUACGCCAAACUUCACGGCAGUUAUGAGGCACUCAAAUACGGCAACUCUUUGGAUGGUUUGGCCGAUUUGACGGGCGGUAUAAGUGAGUCAAUCAGUAUUAAGGACACGACAGGACUUACCGAAAAUCUAACGAAGUUCUUGAGCAUGACUUCCAUCGUGACGGCUGUCGUCCACAAUGAGACCCCCUCUGAGAACACGUCCGCCAAUCGGAACGCCAACGGAAACGAACGACUGGCCAACGGGAUAGCUAUCGGCAGUAACUACAGAGUAAUGGCCGUCGAGAAGGUCGAGACCAUCACCGGAGAUAUCGUCCAAUUGGUGCGACUGAGGAAUCCGAUGGGUCUGUGCAACGACUUCGUGGGCUCGUGGGGUCACAAGGACUCCGUCGAGUGGAAGGGUGUGUGCGAUGACGUCAAGAAUCGGCUGAACCAUAAGUACACCAUUGAUGGCGAGUUCUGGAUCACGUACAACGACUUUAUCAAAGUGUUCACUGCAUUGGAAGUGAUUCACCUGGAUCUGGAAACCAGCAAAGACGAGCCCAGUCUCAGGGGUCACACGCCAUGGCAUAUGAAGUUUUUGAGGGGCGGCUGGAAGAAGGGGGUGACCGCCGGGGGCUGUCGUAAUAACGCCGACACCUUUCACAUCAACCCUCAGAUUCAGAUCUAUUUGCCCGAAACGGACGAAACUGUCAUUUGUCUCAAUCAACAUUUACUACUGGAGGCCAAAGUGAUCGGCUUUAGUAUAUACUCGACUCCCGGGCCGAAGCUGUCGGCGCCCAAUAAUAAUGACCACAAAUUAGACAAAUCCUUCUUCAAGAAGAACAAGUCGAGCGCCAGUUCUUCGUAUACGAACAGCAAGUAUGUGGUGAUGAGGACUACCCUGGAGUCGGGCGCUCACGUACUGCUGCCCACCACUUAUGAGACGGGACAAGAGGGCCAGUUCUCUGUGCGCAUCCAUUCCUCCAAAGCUAUCAAAAUAAAACUGAUGGACUGCACGCCAGCCAUCGUGAAGCCGGUGGUGACCAAAGCGCCGCCAACUUUCGACCAGAAGUUCGCUCAAUACGAGGCUCUGUUCAUGCAAUUCGCUGAUGAGCACAAAACCAUAAACGCGUUUGAGUUACAAGAACUUCUGGAGACCUGUUUGCCAAAUGAUUACGUCAAGUCUUGUGCCACUUUAGAUGUCUGCCGACAGAUUGUCAUCACAUUAGAGGUGCGUAUCAACUAUUCGCGACUUAAACCCCCACUAACUGUGCCGACAUCCCAGGCCCCCAACGGAAGCGGUCGUAUCCAAUACAACGACUACAAGAACAUCAUGUGUUCGCUGAGGAACUGGCAAAACACGUUCAAAACACAUACGAAGGGCACGACUGGUAUACUGAGAGCCGAGAAACUCUACGAAGCGCUCAAUGAAAUCGGUUUGUCAUGUGAUAUACCAUUCCCGACCACUCUGUGGAUAACUAUUGAUUUUACGCACACAAUAGGUUUCCAAUUAAAUACGGAAAUCCUGUCGUCACUGGCGCUCCGGUAUAUGAGAAAAGACGGAACCCUACGGUUCGGGGACUUCGUGUCCGCGAUCUUACAUCUGGUGAUGGCUUUCAAUGUGUUCGAGAAGAAGGAUCCGCUUCAGAACAGAUACAUUAAACUCACUUUACCUGAGUUUCUUAGGGCAUCCCUCCAAUGA